AUAUCGUUGUUUCGCGAAAUGGUUGUGGUCGAGGGGAUUAAAUCGAGUGAAGUGACUCUUUUGGCGAUAUUCCCGGCUAUUUGGAAUGUUAGGUGUUUAGAGUGUUGUCAAAUGAUUCAUUCUUACGGGGAGAAAAGUGGUAUCGAUGCGUUUGAUAUACGUGUUAUGAAUUCACUUGUAGAUGCAUAUGCUAAGUGCGGAAGUAUAGACGAUGCUGUGAGAGCUUUUGAGGAUAUAUCUUAUGAAACAAGGAAUUUUGUGUUGUGGACAUCGAUAAUAUCAGGAUAUGCGAUGCACGGGAUGGCAAAAGAUAGUUAUAACAUGAUGGUGGAUGCAGGUGUUGAACCAAAUCGCGUAACGUUUUUGAGUAUGCUCAAUGCUUGUAGUCAUGGAGGUUUAGUGGAUGAGGGGCUCGAGUUUCUUAGAAAAAUGGUUGAUGAGUUUGGGAUUCAACCAGACAUUAAGCAUUAUGGCUGCUUGAUUGACAUGUUAGGGAGGGAAGGUAGGUUGGAAGAAGCAGAAAAGAUACCGUGUGAAGGAUGA